GGUAGUCAAGUAGAUGACGAAUGGCAAUUAAGGGAGCCUUACUUCGAAAUGUGGCGACCAUAUCCUAGUACAAUGGGAGAAUAUACUGAAGACAUUUACGCCUGGGAGGAGCCGGCGGCAAAUUCACCAGAAACCAAAGGAAAGCCUUUGAAAGGACUUCGCAAACUAUGCCAGCUCAAAGCUAGUUUGGCAGACAUUCGACCUGCUCUACAAACAAGCAUAGGCCCAGGUGGUACCUUUUGGUAUCUCGAAUUUCACAUAGCUCUUCACCUCCGAGGUUCUCAGCUAAGAGUGUGGAUGGGGUGGGAUGAAAAGGUAUUUUCGAACCGUUCUAGCUCUAUAUUCGACCAUUCACACGUACUUAGGGUAUGCCUCGACAAGGACCCGUAUCCAUUCUCUCUACUACUAGAUAUUAAAUCGGAUCGUCAUCUUCUUGUUUGUGUUUUACUAGGAACGCCGCGUGUUUCGCAUACACAAGUUGUAAUGCCUAUGGAACGAAAGCGUGAAUUUUUUAAUUUCCCGAUGAAUUGGCUGGCUGACAGCGUUGAUGCCUCGAAAUCGCUGGCAGUUGGGCUUCCAGCCUCAGAACCAUCGAUGUAUAAGGCGAUUAUUGAUCGCUCAUACGCCUUUUGA